AUGUUAACAAUAUCAAGAGGAUUAUUAGCCACAAGUAAAACUAAAAACUUUAAAUCAGUUUUUUCAAAAUCAUUUGGUAAUUUUUUUAAAGAUGGUGAAUUGGUAGAAAACACAAAAGAAAAUGAAAACAAUCAAGAAACAAUAAAAGAGAAACAGCAACAGCCACAACAACAACAAAAUGAUGGUAUAUUAUUUAAUGGUAGUAUAGCUUAUAGAGAUAUGGAAAAUCAUGAAUUUUCACAAUCAAAUUAUCCAACCAUGACAACAACCUACACUGAAAGAGAAGAAGAGAGAAUUAAAAAAAAUACUAUUCUAAGUAAAGAUAAGGAAGCUAAAGAUAAGAUGGUACAAUUACAUAUUCAAAAAGAUCCAACAAAGAAAGAGUUGGUAGAGAAUUUUUAUAGAGAUUAUAGAAAUAAAGAAAUGGAGAAAAAGAUAGGUAUAGAAUUAACCGAAAGAGAUAGAGAGUUUGUUUACGAUAACAUUACAUUGGAUCCACCAGCAAAUCCACAAAAACAACUUGAAUUCCUCCUCGAAUCAAUUAAAUCCAAUGAAUCAUUAAUGUUUACAGAUCAAGAGUAUCAAGUAUAUCAUUACCUCUUAAAUCAUAAAAACUCUUUAACAAAAGAACAAUUGGAGCAGAUUGAAGUAAACUCUAAAGAAGAUUUCAAACUUGCAAAUAAAUUAUACGUUGCAGGUAGUUUAGCAAAAAGUUUUCAAGUAUUUAAAAAAUUAUCAGAUUCAUUAAAUCAUGCAAUGUCUGAUAUUUUAAUUGCAAAUAUGUAUUUUACAGGUGUUCUUCCAAAAGAGAAUAAUAAUAAUAAUAAUAAUAAUAAUAAUAAUAAUAAUAAUAAUAAUAAUAAUAAUAAUAAUAAUAAUAAUAAUAAUAAUAAUAAUAGUGGUGGUUUUAAAAGUAUAACUGAAAGUAUUUUAGCAAAUGAUAAAGGUAAACCAGAUUAUGGUUUAGCAUUUAAACAUUUCUAUAAAGCAGCAACAGUAUCAAAGAUGCCCGUUGCAUUUGGAAUGAUGGGUGAAUUAAUUUAUAAAGGUUUAGUAAAAGAUUUCGAUUAUUAUUUUAAAGGUGGUGCUGCUGCUGCUUCCACUAUAUUAGAUUCAAACGAAAAAAGAUUAUCAAUGGCAAAGGUUUGUUUUGCGAUUGCAUCACAACUUGGAUUAAAGUCAUCGACUCAACAAUUGGCAUUUUUAUUUUUAAAUGAAAUGAAAAAUGAUAAUGGAGCAAUCGAGAUAUUAAAACGUUUAGCAUUAAAACAUAAUGAUAUCAAUGCAGUCACAACCAUUGGUGCAUUGAUAUUAGAGGAUCAUCCAUCAACCGCUAAAGAUCUAUGGUUAUAUGCAAGUAAAAUGGGUGAUUCAAAUGCUCAAACCAAUUUAGGUCGUUACUAUUAUAAUCAUAGUAAAAAUCCAGACUAUAAUAAUGCAUUCUUACUUUGGAGUGCCGCUUCAAAGCAUAACAAUCCAGAUGCUCAAUUUUAUUUAGGUGGAAUGUUUCAUUCUGGUUUAGUUGUGGAAAAAGAUAUUAAAAAAUCACUUAGACUCUAUGAAAUCUCUGCAAAGAAUGGUAAUUCAAAUUCACAAUUCCUCAUUGGUAGAGCCUAUAUCGAAGGUGACGGUGUAGAAAAAAAUUUAGAAGUUGGUUAUAAAUUCUUAUCAAAAUCAAUCAAUCAGGAUAAUCAAACAGCUUUAAAUUAUUUAAAUGAUUUAGAUGAAACUGAAAAAGAAAAAUAUUUAAAUAAAAAAAAAUAA